GGUGUGGGCGGGGCCUCCGCUUCCUGCCCAUCGGGGCCGGGCGGGUGCCCGCGCCCCAGGCCAGCGGCUCCGCCCCGCCCGCGGGGUGUCCGCGCCCCUCCCGCAGCAUGCAGGGCGCCGCCGCCAUCCCCGGGGACGUCCGCGGCCUCCUGGCAGAUGUCGACACGUUUAUUUCUCAAACCCUAAAAGGAGAAAAUCUGUCCAAGAAAGCAAAAGAAAAAAAGGAUGUUCUUCUUAAGAAGAUAAAAGAGGUUAAGGCAAGUUACCCUCAAGAAUUCCAGGAUAAAGAAUUGGAAGAUGAGGAAGAGUCUGAGGGCUCUUUUUCUUCACCUCCUGAUAGUGUCUCAAUAGCAUCUGACCGAUACGAUAAAGACGAUGAAGGACACUCUGAUGGGAAUCUGUUUCCUCCUAUUGCAUGUCAAGAUCUUCAGUUUGUUCUGAAGGCUGGAUAUUUGGAAAAACGCAGAAAAGACCACAGUUUUCUUGGCUUUGAAUGGCAGAAGCGGUGGUGUGUCAUCAGUAAGACGGUCUUCUACUAUUAUGGAAGUGACAAAGACAAACAACAGAAAGGUGAAUUUGCCUUAGAGGGCUACACCAUCAGAAUGAAUAAUAACCUUCGGAAGGAUGCAAAGAAAGAUUGCUGUUUUGAAAUCUCUGCUCCUGAUAAGCGCAUUUAUCAGUUUGCAGCUGCCACUCCCAAAGAAGCAGAGGAAUGGGUACAGCAAGUGAAAUUUGUAAUACAAGAUAUGGAAUCUAAUACUAUUCCGGAGGAGGAAGAGGAAUAUGAUGAUGUUGGACAAGCGAGCAGUGAACCAAUAGAUGAUAGCAUUUAUGAAGAACUUCCAGAAGAAAGUGCUCCUCCAAAGGCUGAAGUGCCAAGAAAAUGGAGCCAGGAGAAAGUUACCACUGUUUCAGAUGGCAAAAAUACCGAUUAUGCCAAUUUCUACCAAGGUUUGUGGGACUGCACCGGAGAUGUACCUGACGAGUUGUCAUUUAAACGUGGUGAUGUUAUCUACAUUCUCAGCAAGGAGUACAAUAGAUUUGGCUGGUGGGUAGGAGAAAUGAAGGGAACCAUUGGCUUGGUGCCUAAAGCCUACAUAAUGGAGAUGUAUGAUAUUUGAGAGGCCUGGGAGAAAUCUGCACUUGAAAUCAAGAGUGGUGCGCAGCUGCAGUUUACAGACCCAACCUCUGGAAGAAGAUUCUGCCGUACACAUUUUGUGGUUUCGGUGAACGUAGUCAGAUCAUUGCCUUGUAUAUAUUAAACAUUAAAAACUGUAAUUGAUCAUAAUUCCACAGAAAUGUUCUUCUUAGUCACUUUUUAUAGAAUUGUAAUGCUAGGAAAUUAAAUAGAUGGUAAUUAACAUAUGGGGCACAAGCAGUCAAAUAGUGCCUGUUGCUCUUUUCUUAAGCAUAUUAGCAGCACUCUGUAUUGCUAUAUGUUUGUGUUCUUUCAGGGAAUUUGGCUGUGUUUACCUGUUACUCAGAUCUAAAAAAAUUAAGCUGGACUUCAAAAGUAGAAAACUAUUGCACAGUUCAUACAUGCAUUAAUUGUUUAAUGCAGUAGUUCACUGUACAUUUUUCUGCAGUUUUUAUGAAAAUCAAAGGAAAUUUGUGUGUGCUAUUUUAAGUCUUCAAAGUAUUCUGCUUCCAAAUGUGUUUUUUGUUUGGUUGUUUUUUGGUUUUGUUUUCUUUUAGUUUCAGCCAAUGAUUUAUUUUUCUUCUAUAUUUAGCUUUGUUAAUGUUAAUGACUGUUACGGUACUACGAAAUGAAGGCUUGGCUCUUUUGCUGAUGUAAAUCUGUCUACGUGGGGUAAUACUGUGCUGAUAGCAUUGUGACUUGGAGGUAUGAAUUAUGUGAAAAUUUGGCAAAGAUAAUAUAUUAAAGACAACAGUUUUUGGUAAGCCAACAUGAGAUAAAAAGCAGAUGAAUGAUUUUGUGAGUGGUAGUGGUGAAAUACUAAUUUUUUUAUCUGCACCUUGCUUGUACUUUUCACAGAGUAAAAUCCACAUACCCUGUUGUGUGGAAUUUCUGAUGCAAGUUGUUCAACAGACAUCUUCAGCUCUGAGUUAAAAAGGGCUGUGCCUGCAUUCUUAGUGUCAGGACUUUGUGGCUAAAAGCAUCAGUUGAAA